GAAUUGGUUUUGAUUUAUCUCUUCCCUUUCAUUAUCAUUCUUAGCAGUUCAUGAUUCAUGCAAUAUAAUUUAUUCUUUACUUCUUUAACCUUAUUUUAUUAUAGGGCAAUAAGAAAUAGCAAGGAGUUGACAGUUAUUCUGGAACAGAAAACUUAUACCAGAUACAAUCCAGAACUUUCAUUGAAACCAGAUCAAAAGACCACCUUAAUUUGCAAUGUUAAUCCUACCCACAAGGUGUCGCUUUGAUGUGGAUUUACGGGAUCAUACUGGAGUUAUCACAGCUUCUAUCUUUGGAGAACAAGCUGAACAACUGCUGACGUUCAAUGCUCUUGAAAUAAUGGAACACUUUAAGCAGAACAUUGAACUUCCACUUGAAAUCGUCCACAAAGAACUUGACUCAAAGUGGUUCUUGGUACACAUUAAGCCAGUACAAACUCAAGUUGCAGAUACAAAGCAGCGAUAUACAAUCAUUUAUUAUUCUGAGAUUGCCGAUGCUGCUACCCCAAUUUCUUCUGUCAAUGAAUCAAUCAUUCCCUUUCUAUCAGUUCAUAAUCAGGAUGGCCCUUCACAGACCACAACUUCAGGCACUUUAACUACUGAAGAAAACAAUCCAACUUCAAAGAUUCGUCUUUCACUAAAUCAAAAGUUUGAUUAG